AUGCUUGAUUUCUCAGAGAUAUAUUCUAUUUUUUUAAAAUCUGUUGAUUGUUCAUUUGAAUAUUUUUUCUUUGUCUUUUCCACUCAGGGUUAUCUACCAUUUUUUGUUCUCUCUUUAUUUAUCUCAGUCUGUUCAUAUCUAUCUAUCUAUCUAUCUAUCUAUCUCAAUCUCAUGUUUCCUCAUCUUCAUCAUUUUUCUUUCUUUUUAAUUCUUUCUUUCUCCAAGUUUUUUUCUUUCUUUAUCCUCUUUCUUUCUUUAAACAUUGCACCAAUCGUUCUUUCUUUCUUUCUUUCUUUCUUUCUUUCUUUCUUUCUUUCUUUCUUUGUUGUCUGCCUUUCGCUAUGUGUCUACAUCAUUUUCCACUGCACUCAUCCAACUGAUGAAGACAUAUGUUCGCACUCGAAACGCCUUCUAUUCGUUACAUUUGCUAUUUUCAUACAUUUCAUUCGUCUCUUCUUUUCUUUUCGUUUUCUUUCGAUUCAUCUUCGUUCAGCUUUCAAUUUUGAUCAUUUUUCUUCUUUAUUCUUUUUAGUUUUUUUAAAAAAAUUAUAUAUCCUUCUUGUCCUUUCUUUUUUUCUAUGUUUUUGUUUUCUUUCUUCAUUUUGUCAAUAUUACUUCAUUUCUCUUUUUCUUUUGCCUUCUCUUUCCUUUUCUUUUUUUCUUCAGUCUUCCAAGACAUUCUAUCACUCUUUCUUUCCUUGCAUCUGUUAUUUUCUCUCUUAUUAA